GUCUACCUCCUGGUCCUGCCCUCCUGCACUCGACCCGUCUGGAGUCAAACUGUCACACCUCUCCAGAGCGCGCGCGCACGCACCGUCUCCACGAUGUCUCCGCUCACUGCCCGCCUGCUGCUGCUUGUCUGUUUGGCUUUACCUCUUUAUGCCGUGGAAAAGGUGAGAAAUAGAGAAUACCGAAAGGAUCCUGACGCCGACAAGUGCACUGGAAAUGACUGCACUAGACACUCGGGAGAAGGAAGAUCUGCUCAUUCGAACAAAAUGCUUGGCAGUUGCAUUCAGGGUCCAGCAGGCGCCUCUGGCAGAGAGGGGAACCCGGGAACCAACGGCAUCCCGGGGACGCCGGGCAUCCCCGGCCGCGACGGAGUCAAAGGCGAGAAAGGCGAGUGCGUCAACGAGGUCUUCGAGGAGCCCUGGAGGCCCAACUACAAGCAGUGCGCCUGGAACUCUCUGAAUUAUGGCAUCGACCUGGGUAAAAUAGCCGACUGCACGUUCACCAAGCUGCGUACCGACAGCGCCCUCAGGGUCCUCUUCAGCGGCUCCCUCAGACUCAAGUGUAAGAACGCGUGCUGCCAGAGGUGGUACUUCACCUUCAAUGGGGCCGAGUGCAGCGCCCCCCUGCCCAUCGAGUCCAUCAUCUACUUAAGCCAGGGGAGUCCGGAGCUCAACUCAACCAUCAACAUCCACAGAACGUCCUCGGUUGAAGGGCUGUGUGAGGGUGUCAAAGCCGGGCUGGUGGAUGUGGCCAUGUGGGUGGGGACCUGUGCCGACUACCCCAGAGGAGACGCAUCCACAGGGUGGAACUCGGUAUCCAGGAUCAUCAUUGAGGAACUGCCCAAAUAAAAAAGUUCCAUGGAACGGGUCGUGGUCGUGUGGCAGGAUGUUACUACUCUGUACUCGUGUGAAAUGUUCAUAUCAUUAUUACUGUUAAUAAAGACACAUUUUUAUGGGGGGGGGGGGGGUUGAACUGAACCAAACACAUUUCAACUUGUGAUGUGUAAGAGCUUUGCUAUAUUCAGUGUAACUACACAGGUAUACAUUUAAUGUAUUGAUGGAAAUCCAACACAACAAUGCAGAUAGCGCAGUUUGGGUUUUAUAAGAAAAUGUUAUGAAGCGGUGCAGUUACACUUCGUGGGAAGGAAAUAAAUGAAUUGUGGAGGGAAAAAACAUU